AAAAAGAUGUCAGACAAUGAAGGAGAGCAAUUUAAAGUUUAUAAAAAUGACACGCGAAUUCCAUGUAAAUAUGGAAUUAAAUGUUAUCAAAAAAAUGCAGUUCAUCAUAAGAAAUACAAACAUCCACCUACAAAAGAAAUAGAAGAAGGAAAAGGAGUAAAGUAUACAGCAAUAAGUAAGAAGAGAAAGAAGAAAGAUAUCAAUCAAGAAUCAAAUAGUUUUCCAGCAAAGAAACUACAGAAAGAAGAUAAUGAAAUAUUUUAUGAAGAUUUGCACAGUGCUGUAUCUACUAUAAAAAAUAAUAUCCCAGAGAAUAAUGAUAAUCUCUGCAAAGUUAUUAAAAUAUCUGAAAAUUUAAGUCAUACAGAGACUGUAAAAAAUCUAAACAAUCUAAUCACCAUUAGAUCAGUGUUAAAAGGUGCCAACAUUAAUAUUGAAAAUGAUAAGAUACCUUCAGCUAUUGCCAAAACAAUUAUUUCUCAUUUAUUUCUCACUGAUAUGCCAGAAGAUUUCUUUCAAUUUUAUGAAUUUUGCAAAAGUAUAUCUGAAAAAGAUCCUUUGAAUGCAUUAAAAGAUCUUCAUUUGCAAUUAGUAGGGCCUUAUGACAUAUUCAAAGAAGGAUUUGUAAAUUGCAAAAUUAAAGAUAAAGAAGCACUGUUAUGUCAUUGGAGGUAUUAUUAUGAUCCACCAGAAUUUCAAACAAUUAUCAAAGAUAAUGGCAUUGAUGGUUUACAUUUUGGUUAUUGGAGAGAUGAUAUCUUAGAAACGCCUGUAUUUGUAGCUAAGAACAAAGCAACUUUAAAUUGUAUAUUUGAACCUAUUGCAGAAAAUAUAUUUAGUUCACUUAAUGAAUAUAUUAGAGAGAAACUGAUAUUGGCCUCUCCAUUUGAGAAAAUUCGUAUAGCACAAUUACAUCAGAAACUAAAAAACUUUGCAAAGAAGAAAAAGAUAAGUUUAGAAAAGAAAACAGAAAAUAUGCAAGCCAGAGAAAAACAAGUUGUUACAAGAACCUUUCAUAAAGCUGGUAUUGUAGUACCGUACAAUAACAAAACUCAGUUGGGAUAUAGAGAUUUGGCUGUAACAGACAAUGAGCUACAAAAAAUUCUAGAACAAAUAGAACAUACUCUUACACCUGAGGCUAAGAAGAUAUGGGUGGCAAAACUAGAGGAAAUAAUAAGAUUAGCAAUAAUCGCAGCCGAUGAAUGUGAUUUUGGCACAGUUCUUGAAUUAGGUCAUGAUUUAUUUUCUAGUGGUGUUUCUUCCAUUCAAACUAAAACACUAAAUUUAUUGUCUCUUGCCUACAAUUUUUUGCAAAGACCACAGUUGUUGCACAUUGUUCAAGCUCAUUUAAAAAACAGAAGUAAAAGCUUAGAUCUAAGUGUUCUUCAAUUUGAUUAA